AUGCGAUAUCCAAAAGAGGAAGAAACGGGUUUACUAUUAUUUGAUUACAGUAGUCAUGAUGUUUCAAAAAAAUUUUCAACAUUCCGUCGUCGAUUUCAUGUAAAAAAUCUGUUCUACUGUAUUUCAUUGUUUUCUUUGGUAUUUUUUAUUACAUUAUAUACAACUUUUAACUGGCAGAAAGGAGGAGGAGAUCCCAUUGCUGUAUUCCGGAAUCUCUCACUUCCCAGCUACUCAAAUUUCUUUAAUGACAACACAUCAAACACAACGGAAGCGAAUUUUGAUGAUCCUGAGGACUCUGAGAUUUCAGGAAGUCUAGAAUUUUCCGAAAAUUUUACAUCGUCAGAAUCCAUUUCUACGACUCCAAUUCCAUUCAAAGAUGAUUGCUCAUUACCAGUUUACGAUCCAUGGGACAAACAAAUCAAGCCUUUUAUUGUAGAUGUGGAUAAAACGAAGCAUUGUGAUAGGACAUGGAAACCGUAUACAGAAUUAGUGAAUGGCACAUGGAGAAUAGUUCAGGAGAAGCCAGGAAUGAAUUGUAAAGCUAGAUGCUUCUACCUCCCAAUCCUUUCGGGACCCUCGAAAAUCUCCGAUUGGUCUGCGCCAGGACCCGUGGAUUGUGAAUUCCUAGAAGCAGUGUGUUGGGAAGGAACAAACGAGGUCUAUGGAUAUAUUCAUACACAAAUUAUACCAAAGAAAAUUCUGGAAUUCAAGGAGCUGGAGAAGCCCAACAUUGAGAAUAAGGAGUAUCCCGAUGUUUUUGUUUUUGUUGUGGACUCAUUGUCGUCGGGAAUGGCAAAAAGAUCUCUCCCCAAAACCCUGGAAUACUUCAAAACCAAACAUCAAGCCAUCGAUUUCCCGUUUUUGAGCCAAGUCGGUAUGCGAAGUCAAGUCAAUGCUGUUCCACUGUGGUUUGGAAAACAAAUAGAAGCUGGUACUUUAAAAGGUGGAGAGCAAAUUCAUGUGGAUUGGAGUGAAGAUGAGUACUGUAAGAAGUAUAUGGACAAUGAGACGAAUUUAUACAAGGAUUUUCAGGAGGCUGGGUAUACGACUCUCUACGUAGACGACUGGUACUACCAAACGCUGACCAGCAAUCCAGACUGCAAAGGAUUCGAACACUUCUUCACGAAUCACACAUUCUACCCGUAUACCAAAAUUUGGGAGAAAGAAGGACUUCAAAAAACUAAAAAUCACUUGGCCGGAGAUAAAUUAUGCAGAGAGGUUCAUCUAGCGGCCAUGGAGUAUUUCGAUCAGUUUGUCAAAGUUUAUCCAGACCGCCCAAAGUUCACAUGGAAUUGGUUUGUACAUUUGGCACACAACUUCUUAGCUGGAGCCGAUAGACUCGAUGAUCCUAUGUUGGCAUGGUUUGAGAGGAAUUUUGAAUUGUUUGACAACGCCUUCAUCAUCUUCACAGCAGACCACGGCUUCAAAUUGGGACCCCCGGCGCUUUAUAAAACUGAAAUGGGAGAAUUCGAGAAGCAUAAUCCGUUUUUACAAAUUUCGGUUCCCAAGAAAUAUCGGGAUAAUGGAAUUUUGGAGGUUAUGAAAGAGAAUGCACAACGAUUGCAAAGUCAGUAUGAUACCAGAGCAACGAUUUUGGAUAUUUUGAAGUUACAACCCAUUUUCCAGUACCAACCCUCCACUAACUUCACGGACCGCGCCACCCUCAAAAUCCCCGACGAAAAAGGCAACUCCUAUCUUCGUCACCAACCAAGUACCCCUCGAAACUGUGAACAUUUGCCAAUUCCACAGCAGUACUGUAUCUGCGAAUCAAAGUCUACGGAUAUGAAGGAAGACAAAAAACUGAGCCAACGGCUGGCCGAGGCACUUAUAAAACAUAUUCAUGGAUUAUUGAACAAUUAUAAAAUUACCGGGAUUUGUCAUAGAUACGAAAUUGAUCAUGUGUCCGCCCUGGACCUUCAUACAUCCUCCUCAUCAGCCAAAAUCACUUAUCACAUUGCCGUCAAAACGAAACAUCCCGCACAUUUCGAAACGCUGGUCACUGAGGAUCGAAAAACUGGAGAAUUGAAAUUUGACGAAAUUAUGAGGCUCGAUAAAUUGGGUCAACUGCAUUGUGCUCGAAACCGGUGCAUUUUAGUUCUUUGUGUUACUACUGAACUAAAAUUUCGGACGCUCCACAUUGACGACUGGUACUUCCAAAUCCUUACAAAGUACCCAAGUUGCUUAGGCUUUGAAAAUUACUAUACAAGUCGCACCUUCUAUCCAUUCACCCAUAUUAAUGAAGUUUCUGGAAUCAAGAAAACCAAGGAUAGCUUAAAAGAAAGCGAUUUGUGUCGAGAGUCUUAUCACGGAGCAAUUGAUUAUUUCGAUCAGUUCGCUGAGGCUUAUUCAGGUUACUGUAGUUUUCGUAGACUUGCUCGUAGACUCUCCUCCCUUUCCUAUACGCCAUCCACCCUCCUUCGCUUCCGUGACUGCUUGGCGCAAUGGUAG